AUGAAGUUCACUUUUUUUACUGCAGCGUUGGCUCUGGCAGCCAGCACAUCUGUUGCAGCAUUACCACAUGCAUCCUCUGACCUAGACCGGCGUGACGCCACUUCUCACGACAUCCCCGGGUUUUUCAGCAAGACCUGCACCAGCGAGAAGAUGACCAUCCGUAAGGAAUGGCGCCACUUGACUAAGAAACAGCAAAGCAGCUUCCUUGAUUCGGUCCAAUGCUUGAUGGAGAAGCCCGCCGAGUCCGGACUGACGGCGACAACCAGUCGCUUCAGCGAUCUCCAGGCCCUUCACCGCGGAAUGACCAACACGGCAUAUGCUGAUAUCAUUCAUCAUGUGGGACAAUUUCUCCCCUGGCACCGCUACUACAUGCACAUUUACGAGACUCUGCUCCGUGAUGAAUGUGGUUAUAGCGGCCCUAUCCCCUGGUGGGAUGAACAAAAAGACGCGGACAGCGGUAACAUGUGGCAAUCGUCGAUGUGGGGGGCAGACGCCUUUGGAGGCAAUGGUACUGGAUCGGACCUCUGCGUGCGCGACGGCCGGUUUUCCAACUACACUUUGCACAUUGGCCCUGGGGACGAGGACACCGACUAUUGCUUGCGCCGCGCAUGGGACACCGAGAAUGCUAUUGUCAAUGCCAACAGCAGCGCACUCAACAUGUGCAAUGCCUACAACACUUACGCUCCUUGGUGGGACUGCGUUUCUAACAUCCCCCACAAAGGUGUGCACACCUAUAUCGGUGGCGUGAUGGCCGAUAUCAAGUCUUCCCCCGGCGACCCCAUCUUCUUCAUGCACCACAUGUACAUUGACCGCGUCUGGUGGCUGUGGCAGAAGGAGGAUCCCAUCAACCGGCUGUAUGACAUUAGCGGCCCGACUUUGAACCACACAGCCAAUGUGGAACCGGCCGGUGGAUGGCAGAAUGCCACGCUUCACUACGAGCUCUCAUCCUUCAACAUCAUGCCUAAUACCACCAUUGGCCAUGUGAUGAACACCCAGGGCGGAUAUCUCUGCUACGGCUAUGAUUAG